CUCUGGGCUCUCGUGACGCGUUAGUCUGUGCACUCGAGUCAGUUCGAUAUAAGUCCGUAGCAAGUCCCCAGUCAGUCGCCGCCGCCGCAUCAAAGGGAUCUCGUUCUUUCCGAGAGGUCACAGUCCGACGAACUCCACGCGAACAACAUGAGGGAAAUCGUGCACAUCCAAGCCGGCCAGUGCGGCAACCAAAUUGGAGCGAAGUUUUGGGAAAUCAUAAGUGAUGAGCAUGGCAUCGACCCGACUGGCACCUACCACGGUGACUCUGAUCUCCAGCUGGAGAGAAUCAACGUCUACUACAAUGAGGCGUCCGGCGGCAAAUACGUGCCGCGUGCCAUCCUCGUCGAUUUGGAACCCGGCACCAUGGACUCCGUGCGUUCGGGGCCAUUCGGUCAGAUCUUCAGACCGGACAACUUCGUGUUCGGCCAGAGCGGCGCUGGCAAUAACUGGGCGAAGGGCCACUACACCGAGGGCGCCGAACUUGUAGACUCUGUUCUCGACGUUGUGAGGAAAGAGGCCGAGAGCUGCGACUGCUUGCAAGGAUUCCAGCUCACGCACUCUUUAGGUGGUGGUACCGGCUCCGGUAUGGGUACCCUGCUCAUUUCCAAGAUCCGCGAGGAAUAUCCCGACAGGAUCAUGAACACGUAUUCCGUUGUGCCGUCGCCUAAGGUGUCCGACACGGUCGUCGAACCCUACAACGCCACCCUCUCCGUACACCAGCUCGUCGAGAACACCGACGAGACCUACUGUAUCGACAACGAGGCCCUUUACGAUAUCUGCUUCCGCACCCUGAAACUGUCUACGCCGACGUACGGCGAUCUAAAUCAUCUCGUUUCCCUCACGAUGUCCGGUGUGACGACUUGUCUGAGGUUCCCCGGUCAGCUAAACGCCGACCUUAGGAAACUUGCCGUAAACAUGGUACCCUUCCCCCGUCUUCACUUCUUCAUGCCCGGGUUCGCGCCUCUUACGUCUCGCGGCAGCCAACAAUACAGAGCGCUCUCUGUACCGGAACUCACCCAACAGAUGUUCGAUGCCAAGAAUAUGAUGGCAGCGUGUGAUCCCAGGCAUGGCAGGUACCUCACAGUCGCUGCCAUCUUCCGCGGUAGAAUGUCGAUGAAGGAGGUCGACGAGCAGAUGCUCAACAUUCAGAACAAGAACAGCUCGUACUUCGUCGAGUGGAUACCGAACAACGUGAAGACCGCCGUGUGUGAUAUCCCGCCGCGCGGUCUCAAGAUGUCCGCCACGUUCAUUGGUAAUUCCACCGCCAUCCAGGAACUGUUCAAGCGCAUCUCUGAACAGUUUACUGCCAUGUUCAGGAGAAAGGCUUUCCUUCACUGGUACACUGGUGAGGGUAUGGACGAGAUGGAAUUCACCGAGGCUGAGUCGAAUAUGAAUGAUUUGGUAUCUGAAUACCAGCAGUACCAGGAAGCUACCGCGGACGAAGACGCAGAAUUCGACGAGGAGCAAGAAGCUGAGGUCGACGAAAACUAAGAGAAAAAAAAAUAUCCCGCCGCGAAAGCGACACUCUCUCUCGCCCUCUCUCUCUUUCUCGACCGAGUGAUAACGCAACACACCCUUCACCUAUGCUUCUUAACUCGUUAUCUCUUUUGUAUCUUUUUUACGGACUUUUGUUUCGAACAACUUAUGCGGAGCGCGCGCGCUUUUCGUUGCCUGCCCCUAUUCAUUAUCGCAUUCGGGUGCGAUAAUUCGGAGAAUGAUUUCUUAUUUUUGAAUGUGUCUUUCUGAAAGAUUUAUUAGUUUCGAUUACUAAUUCUUGCGCGCUCCUACCAUCAUUCACUGUACAACCGCCGAGAGCGGCCGCUACAUUUUGAAUAAAUUAUUAUCAUAUGAA